AUGAGUAGAUUCGCUGUCAAGACUCCUUCAAACCGUUCCUCGAGCCCAGCCAGCUCUCUUACCUGUGUGGACCUCUCGUCCUCGUUUCAUAAAGACCACGCCGAAUUCAAGGACAUGGAUGUCUUUGGCACAGUACAUGAAAUUUCAUUGUCCCCCUCCCAAGCGCAACACUCUCUGGACCCUCCCUCUCCACCAUCUGGCACUAAGUCCCCUUUAAACUUACCCAAAUCCCCCGUGAAAUCCAAAUCCCCCGUGAAACCCAAAUCCCCCACAAGAUUCGAGCCAUAUUUGAAACGCAGGGCGACUGCAGCUGCCACAGCUGACUUUGCUAUGAAAUCUCUGCGAGGCCAGACUGCCAGAGAGAUGAAUCCUGGAGCCGCUCUGAUGGCCAAAGAUAUCUUUACUCGCGGCCUUGACGAUCUACCAGAUGAGAUGAUACGUGAAGGUGCAAGGGCACAGUAUGCUACUUGUGAGAUAUCCAGACACCAUCUCGCUUCCUUGACUUGGGAGCUUGAAGCAAGCAGCCGCUGGACCAGCUUCCUGGACCUUGCUAGGAAGUUCUUGAAGGAGAAGCAUGCAUACUCCGAGAGAGAUCUUCUGAUCUGGGAACAGACCUGUACCAACCGUGGGGUGCAAGAUAUUUAUGAAGACAGGCCCUACCACGAGUACGCAGCUACUGAAGAGACUCUUACAUUAUCGGUACUCCAGGAACAGGCUCGUCAGUUGAAACAGUAUGUCGAGGAACGAGGCGUAGAUGAUCUGUCAGAUGAUGUAGAUGAUCUGCCACAUGACGGAGCUGACUCUGAUGGCUGCUGCUAUGAUUUACCCAAGUGGGGUAGUCCUACCUUGAGCCAGGGUAUUACGUUCGAAGAUUAA